ACGAAGGUCAGUGGAGAUGAUGUGUAAACAUCUACAGCCGUCAUUCACUCUGCCGGAGACUACAACCGUCAUUCACUCUGCCGGAGACUGGAGAGGACACAGACAGCACCAUGAAACACCUGAUCCUAUUUGGGGCUUUAGUUUUUGCUACGUUCUACAUGGUUCACAGUGAAGCACCAGAGUACUGUCUCCUACCACAGGAUGUGGGUACAGCUCCAGCCUCAGGAGGAGAGGACUUCCAGAUCAUGCUGUAUUAUGACGCAGCUAAAGACCUGUGCUACCCCUUCAAGUACCUGGGGGAGGGGGGCAACGCUAACCGCUUCACCCUGGAGAGGAUCUGUAUGAGGAACUGUUCUGCCAAGGCAGAGGAGAUCUAUCCCGUGGAUGAGUCACAAGCCUGCCACUUCAAGAAGGCUCUGGGUGAAUGCUUCGGCGCCUACCUGCGUUAUUACUACGACCCCAUCCAUCAGAAGUGCAAGAAGUUCCACUGGACUGGCUGUGUGGGGAACGGAAACAGGUUCAUCGACCAUCAGGCCUGCAACGCCACCUGUGCUGGGAUUCAUGAUGAAGGUAGUGCGCUUGAGGAGGAUGAGCCCGAUACUCCUAUUGCCCUGAUUCUGGGAGUGGUGUUGGGGAUCACGGGAGGAAUAAUUAUCGGGGUCGUCAUUUUCCUGGUGAUACAGAGCAAUAAGAAUCACAAAAGUGCACCAAAGAAAGUGGAAGUCAAGAUGGCGACGCCACUGCAACAGGAGCCAAUUGAGACGGCGUAGAGAAGCAGAACACGGGACUGGAAACACCAUAGAAAUGAGAAUGACUAGAACGCAUGAUCCCAUUCAAGUCCACUUUCCAUUUUAAGUGUAUCCAAUGCCAGUCAUUGUAUUUCUAGGGGAAACACCAGGCAGGGCCCUCACCUGAAUGGCCCCUCUCAGGUUGAUUUAAUAGAGGAAUGUAGAUCUACAACUAACAGCCCUAAUGUCAUAUUUCCAUCAUGUGUUGUUAUCCGAUUAUUCACAAAUCCUUGUUUGUGGGUUGGAGUAGUGGACAAUGAGAGUCAUAUCUGCCUUCUCCUUCACUAAUGCAGGCUAUUUCCCUCAUGGUGGUUUAAAAUGACUCCCAAUUAUCUUACACGUAUCAGACUUUCUGCACUCUCGUCUUUUACAAUAUGACUUCUGUGUUUAUUUCAGGUAUAUUUGGUAACUACUCACAUCGCCUCCACGGGGGCCACUAUUGUUAAUGAAUUAGAUUACAGCAUCGUGUUUACAUUAUGACUUUUGUGUUUAUUUCAGGUAUAUUUGGUAACUACUCACAUCACCUCCACGGGGGCCACUAUUGUUAAUGAAUUAGAUUACAGCAUGGUGUGCUUUUAUUGAACUCCUCAGUGGGCAACAGGGUUCUUCUGAUAUUCCGAUAGUUCUUCGUGUGGAAUGUGUGUUUUAUUUCACGUGCUACAUUCUGUUUGUGUUUUGGUCCGUAUAUCAACAUUCACAUUGGUUUUGUUCCAACUACUGUAUGUAACAUUAUUGUAAAGGCCAUGAUGUGAGAAAGAACCAAAACACUGUUUAAAAAUAUAUAUAUUAUGGGAUUGAGAUAUCAUCCUUCAACAUGUUUUACCCACAGAAAUAGAAUGAAUAGAACGGUCGUCCCCAUUUCAAGUAAAUUGUGCCAUUAUGGGACUGAGAUGAUAUCAUCCCCCUGGACUGGCAGCCAUUUUGAGUGUACCGAUAGGAGCAAAGCAGAAAGUAAAAGCAGGAAGUAAAUAAAAGCAGGAAGUAAAUAAAAGCAGCGAGUCAAUCUGUGCUAUGAUGUUGUUGUGAAUAUACAUUUUUCCAUAUACAUUUUGAAGGAUACAUAUUCAAAUGUGUUACAAAAAAAUAAAUAAACACAAAUAAACACAAAAAUGAAAGAUGUGCAUAACUUAAAGGGGAAUGGAGCUGUGUUGGAAUACCACAUACUCAUACUAGCCGCACUAACCAUACUAUUUCUGACGUAAAUGUAGUAUGCUUAUUGGUCAAAGUAUGGAUAGAUAAAGUUAGUAUGCCAAAAGUUCCCAGAUGUUGUACUACAUUCACCAAAAUACGAAGUAUACAAACAGUGGGCACGAUUUCCGUGCUUUUAGGGUCCAUAAUGCAACUCCUCCGGAAAUGGGCGUUGCUUCACAAUGUUUUCAUAUUUGAAGAAAAUGGCGGAAAAUAUGCAGCUGACGUCCGACGAGAGCGGAUACAAAUUCAUUGCUUUAACUAAUUAUGACAAAUGUUAAGAAAAUGUUGAGUAACGUAAUGAAGUAAUUACUUUUCUAAUAAGUUGCAUGUUAUGUUGGCUGACAA